UAAAUCAAAAUAUGGACUAGCUUGCAGUUUAAAUAGCAACACUGGCAACUAUCUUUUCUUUUCUGCUAAGUCUGCAGCAUCCUGACAUGAAACACUUGCAAAGUGAAGGACCACUUAUAGUCAGUUAAAUUCUGACAGGAUUUACUAUAGCAGGUGUAAAUUUUGAGGUGCUGAUUGGGUGGCAGAGUUGCUAAUUAAAGGGAAGUCUGUGAGCACAGAAGUAUAUUAUUGAAGAGUCUGAAAAGUGUAGUGGGAAAGUUUGAGGGCAAUUUAACCUGUAAAUUAGAUUUCUAUGGGGAAAUAAACUUCAUAGAAGUGCUAGUUUACUCUAGAUUCCCUAUUGAACAAGCUACAGACAUUAAAGUAGAAUCAGGGCUGGAAACUCCAGGCAAUUAAAGAAAUAAUAUUGGUUUGUUUAGGACCUCAUACAAAGCUUAUUGAAACCAAAGGAAAGACUCCUAUUGACUUUAAUAAGCUUUGAAGCAUGUCCUUAGCAGGCCACCCUCUUCCCUCUGAAUCAGUAUUGACUCAAGUGCACAGCAUUGCAUUAUGUGGCAAUGUGCUAUUCACAGGGUAUCUUGAGAUCCUGCCCACUUGUAGACAGCAAAUAUUCCACAUCAGGUCUCCCAAAAGUAAGAGUGUUAGACUUCGACCAGGAUGUACACCAACUGUGCAGCUAUACUGUUAACCUAAAAUUACCUCUGCAGUUCAAUUAUUUUUUUAGUACAAAUAAUUUAUACGAUGAACUUUGCAUAUAUUUUAUGCCAAGAAAAGCGUCAAACACACUUUUCAGUAUUUCACCAGCUCUACAAUGGUAAAAUAAAAUCUGAAUGAUAUAUUCAACCUUUCUUCCUUCCACUACUGAAUAAAUUAUUAUUGAAUAAUAUAUUUUUCAUUAUUCAGUCAGGUCCACAUUUAUUUUGAUGUUUACAAACUAUAAUGAAAGAGCUUCCAUCUAGUGCUCUGGGUGCCCUUGACAAUCUUUUCAACAUACACCAAAUACAUGGACAUGAUUACACCACAUAUGAGAGCAGAUAUGUUAGACUGGGUUAAUAUAAUGCAAGAGGACAUGCAUGGUGUGACCAAAAUAAAGGUUAAUAAAAACAGAGUGUGUCCUCUUGACAAAAACAUCUGCCUGUCACCUGCUGAAGCAGUAAAAAGAUUUCCUUUCCAUACUACAGGAGCAAUACAAGUGACAAGAUUAUAGAAACAUUUAAAAAUAUGUAAGUUAGGAGAAAAGUAACAAUUUAUUUUUGCAAGUGAGGAAAAUAGGUCUGCCAAGCUGCUCAGCAAUACAAUGUGGGAGAUUUAAAGGUAUCCUAAAUAAAGUUCGAAACGUCUCAUUGAAAAGACAAAAUCAAUCCUCUAUCCGCAGAAGAAAAAGUUUAGACACAGUAUUUCACCGGGUAAGGAAAAUAAAUCUGACAUGAACUGUUGUGUUAUCACACUUUUUAGCUAGUGAUUUUUGCUUCUGUUUGGUGUAACAAUGUUUCAAAUUUAUGACAUAUUCUCCUUUUCUUUGGACGAAACAUUGUGUGAUACUUUAUACAAAGGACAUUGUAUAUACAAAUUAAAUGAAAAAAAUCCUCAAGUGUUCAUGCAACACUCAAAGUUGUACAGUUAAAAUUACAGUCAAGAAAUGCAAUAAAGAAUGCACCCACAGCACUAUAGACUGUCAUAUAUUUUAUGGGAUAUAUUUAACAACAUAAGUCAUAGAUACAUCACUGACUUUAUGCAGAACAUAACUUACUAACUGGAAUCCUGUUUGUGCAUUUCCAGCUAGACUUUCUGUGAUUUUAACUUUGGACCCCAGGCACUGUCUGAAUGUAUUAUUUUAAAAAAUUAAGGUUUUUUAAGAGAAAAAAAUAACAAUGGUACAGAAAGUGUCCCCUGAGAGAUGAAACAUUAAGAGUCAGGCUUGUCAGAUGGUGUCUGCUCUUCAUAUUCAACCUGUCAGAGUACACCAUGCAAUGGCCAUUUAGCUCAGCAUUUCUCAAAUGCAACCACCGUGGCCACCAGGAGCUUUUCUUGCAGCUACAGCCUCCUGGACUGUUAUGGGCGGGAGGAGAGCAAAGCAGCGGCUCCUUCCCCUCCCUAGUGCUCCUGGAUGCACCGCCUUGGUGUUGGUUGCUGGGGCUGCCAGCAGAGGUCCUCCUCCUCCUCUCUCCCAAGACACUUGGGACACAACACUGGAGAAGCAGGCAGCCGGUGAGUUCCCCACCUUUCCGGGAGCGGUUUGGACUUCAGCCCUGAGGUUUCAGGGGGGCAGGCUCUGGCUGCGGGGCUUCGGGCUCCAGCACUGGGCUCCUGGCUGCACAGCUUCAGGUUCUGUCCUCCAGCCACAGGGCUUCAGUCUGCAGCCCCCUACCGCCUCCCGCGGCCCUCCUCUCCCCCCAGUCCAGGGCUUAAUUUGUCCCCAGGCUUGCCGGGGGCUGAGUAAGUCUGCUGUGAAAAGGGAUACUUGCAUGUUUGUUAAGAUCACUUUUCACAAUAGGCUUAUUAGCUAGCAAUAAAUAUUACAAUGAUUUGGACGUGUAUAUGUGCAUAUUUAUUUUUUUUCCUAAAGACAGGUUUCAGAGUAGCAGCCGUGUUAGUCUGUAUUCCGAUGAAGUGAGCUGUAGCUCAAGAAAGCUUAUGCUCAAAUAAAUUUUUUAGUCUCUAAGGUGCCACAAGUCCUCCUUUUCUUUUUUCCUAAAGCUAAUUAAGUAUUUUAGGGAAAAGUGUGAGAGUGGCCACCAGCAAGAGUUGGUGGCCGCCCUCUGAGGACACCAAAAAUUCUAUCCUGAGAACCCCUGAGGCUAGGUAGGAGGCACCAGCCAAUGACUAUUUAACUUCAUUGAAGGGUGCAUACUUGUGAAAGGCACAAAUUAACAGCGCAUACUCUCAGUUUGCGUGAAAUUUUUUUUAAACUGCAUGCCCAGUAUGCUAUUUCCAAACAUUUGUUACUAUUUUCAAGCCAAUUCUUUUCCAACUUGGUCGUGAACAUGCUUCUCUCCAAGGACUAUUUACAAACCAAGCUUCAAGUUCCAGUCAUUUUAGAGUUCUCUGUGUGUUUAUUAAAAAAAAAAAAAAAAAAAAGCGUGACAAUGUUUUCCUCAUACUUGCAAAGAAAAGAAAAGAAAAGGAUGAGAGGGAGUUUUCUCAAAUAUCUCACAUGCACAAAACGUUCACCUUUGAUUAUACUUCAGGCAUGGAAAGUUUCAGCCCAAAAGUGGAAACAGAGUUUUACUGAAACUGAACUAUAGUUGUAAUUAUUGAGUGACUAGAACACACUUUAAAAGAAGGUGGAAUAGAGGCCUGUGUCUUGAAAUUAAAUUAGAUAUGUAAAAAUUAGCCUGAAAUGAAUACACUUCACAAUCACAUCAGACAACCUCCUCUUUCUCUUCCUGUGUGCAUGCACAUGUGUAAGGGGGAACAACGGAAAGUAACGUCUCAGGCUUUGUGCCUAUUUAAUAAAAUUGUUUUUUAAAAGUUACUGAUGCAAGCUAAACUAAUAUGGCCAGUUGUAGACCGGAGUGCAUGUAUGAGGGUUGCACUGUUUAACUAAACCAAACUGGUUAAAUCAAUUUUAGUUAAACCGGCACAACCUCUGUGUUUCGCCUCCAACCCAGUCGCAAUGCCACUCACUCAGAUUUGGCCUGGAGACAGGAGCCAUCCUAACGGAAGAGUGGCUGGCUUACAUUAAAGUGGUGCUACAACCUCAUUCACUAGGCAUGGGGGUCACAAUGCCACACACUCAAAUUUGACCCGGCAACCCCUCCAUGAUGCCAGUAGGGACCUGUUUAAAAAAAGGGGGGAGGGCAAUGGCCCCCAUCUCUGGCCUGUGCUCCCACCAUGCAUAUAGAAGGGUCUACCUCUCACAAUAACUUUCCCUCUGGAGGACGGGGCAAGAGUUCUCUCUCCAUAUAUGUAUGUGCAAUGUGAAGUCUACCUCCUUCUAACCCAAACUUUCGCUUAUCUCCCACCUAUGUGUUUUGGAGAAGGGGAGAGAAUUUCUUCCCAAACAUUCCCCUCUCUCCCAGCUCUUGUUUUCCCUCCUCUUCUAACAUACCUACCUGGGGAGGGAGUGUCUCUAGUCACUCGCUAUUUACUUUAAUGCACAAAAGCUAAGAUUUUUUUCAAGCCAAAACAAACAGAGGCAUCUGUGUAAGAACAUCUAAAAAAUUAUCCAGUGACAUCUCCAAUAAAAGAAUGUGACAGAUACCUGAGCAACACCACAAAGACAGAUUGGAUUCCUCGCUGAGAAACAAGUUGCUGAUUACAUCUUCAACAGAUAGAAGACCAUAAACCUACAAGUAAAAAACUGAGAGUAGAGGGAUAUGUACCUGCUUUAUAGACUUUAAAAUAGUACCCAGCCAUGAGCUGUAAAUGGUUACAAAAUUGAAAUGAUUGGAAAAGAUAUGAUAACCAAAUCCAUGUACCAAUCUACAAAACGUAAAUUAAAACAACAACAUCCUGCAAACAGGCUUUCAGACAAGAAAGAAGGCUAAAAAAGGAUGCAAUCUUAAUCCUACUUUUUGUCAUUAUAAAUAUCAAUGACCUACGAAAGGCCUCUACUAAAGCAUUUCUUAAACAAAGCCACAAUAACUGAAAAAAAAUGCCUAUCUAUGUUAUGUCCUAGGAAGGUGGCACAUAAUGUCUAUUGUAUGACUUCUCACUCAGAAAGUCCCUGAAAAAAAGAGUUUACACUUGCUAGAAACUUAAAGCAAAAACAUGGGCUCCAUUGGUCACUCUGGAAAAGAUUAAAAGCUCAAACCAUAAUCAUAACUAAAUUUUUUAUUACAGAGAUAAAGAAACUGAAUACACCUUAAAUUGUACAUAUCUAAACCUCACAAUAAAGUUACAAGGCAGCAUCCCAUAUAGGCUAAAGAAGCAUUAAAAUAACGUAAUAGCACUACAUAAAUAACAGCGAAACUAUUCAACAAAGUUAUUCAAAUCAUUCUACAUAUGGGGCUGAACUUCAACAUCCAACUACACCAACUGAAACAAAACACAGAUACAAACCCUGUAUCUAAAGCUCUGCAAACAAGUCCUCUAUGCACACUGAAACGCCAACAUAAAUAGCUUCAGAGCAGAACUGAGUCAUUUCCCUCUCUUAAUCUAUUUACAGGAACAUGCAUUGAGCUCUGGUGCCAACAUAUUGUCCAUCCCUCCACCAAAAAGCACCAGAGCUCAAAAAUCAAAUCCAAAUAAAAAGCUAAUGCUAUAUAACAUUACUACCAAGUCUCAACACUACCCUUCUGACAAACGAAGCAUACAACCUCCUUUGAAACAGAACACAGACUAGGACACCAGACCAAACUUUAAAAAACACUAAUACGAGUUACUGAGAAGAACAAAUACAAACUUUUUAAAAAAAAAAAAAAACCCACAACCUAUAAAUCCACACCCAGAAUAAUCACAGUAGUAAAUUAUCUCACCACAAACUGAGAGAAAAAAUUCUGUGCACAGUGACACUGGGACAGCUCUCUAAACCCCUCCAAACACCAAUGCCAGAGGCCAGAUUGAGACUGAGCAGCAUUUCCUCCUGCAGUCUCCAAAAUGUGAAGUGGAGAGAGAGAGAGAUUUCCUUAAAAUAUCUGCUAGGAUGCACACUUUCAGUUAAACCGAGAUGAAGAAGAACUGCAGAAGCCUGGGAGACGGAGGACUGGCAGAAGCAACCUGUCACCGGCCACUAAAUCCGUACUGGGAAGGAACGACAAAGAAUACAAGACACCAUGGGCGCCCGCGGCGACGCGGAGUGCGGGGCGGGCCGCGCCCGCUGAAGGGGAGAAGCCGGGACCCGCUGUGCAGGCGUGAGCAGAACUGUAAUUCUGCUGUAGUAACGUCAGAUGAGUGCUGCCCAGCCUGCAAAGAGAAGGGCCAGAUACAAGCUUUACGGACUUACCGCAUUAGUUUUCAAGAGUCUGUUUUCCUUUGUGAAAAUCCACAGUGCAUCUACCCUCUGGGCUAUAAACCAUUAAACAGCAUAAUAAUUCCUGCUGAUUCAGAAAAUCAUCAAACUCAGUGUACUCAGAGAAAAAGGAAGAUUUUUGAAAUCAGUCCUACAGCUUCCCCCAUUGAAUCAUGUUCAAAACAAGCUAGGACUAACAACAAUUUGAUAGAUGCUGAGCACACUUUAAAUACUGAUCUUGUUCUCAAGUAUAAUGGAUAUAAUUUAUGUAUGACCCAGCCAUGCCUACCUGAUUUAUCACAGGAUGAUCAGCAGAAACCUAAUAGGACGGCUGAGUCUCUGGAGCAUAAUGUGGACGUGGCAGCUGUUAUCACUGUUUGUGGUGCACAAGAAAGUCCUGACUCUAAUUCCAAAACACAACUUUUGCCAGAUUCUGAACUUUGUUCAAUAAAAUCUGAAAUCUUGCAUGCAGACAGCAAACCUUCAUUGUUCAUGGGGCAUUUGUGUCUUCAGUGGAGGAACGUCUAUGCUCUGUGUUGGUUAGAUUGUAUUCUGUCAGCAUUGGUACACUUAAAAACUUUAAGGAUUGCUGUGACUGAAGCGUGCACUGAAGAAUCUGUAAUCCAGAGGCUGUUUACAAAAUAUAACCAAGCGACUGCACUCUUGAAUGCCUGCCAAACAAAUAAGCUAAAAGAUGUUCUUCCAAAAGCUGAGUUGCAUCUAAAUGAAAUCAGAAAUGUGAUAUUUGCUCAACUUCAACCUCAGCUUAAAUGUGAAUUGGGUAAGAAGGAAAGUCCAGUAUUUGCAUUCCCUCUGCUUUUACAAAAGGAUCCCCAAGUCGAGACACUUUUCCUGCAUUCUUUUUCAUGGAUGUUUGAAUGUUUACAUUGUGGCUACAGCCACCAAGACAGGUGUAGGAAGACACUAACAACAUUUACAAAUAUAAUCCCUGACUGGCACCCACUUAAUGCUAUUCAUAUUUCUCCAUGUAAUAAUUGUAAUGAUAAAUCUCAAAGAAGAAAAAUGAUUUUGGAAAAAGUACCCUCAAUAUUUAUGAUACAUUUCGUAGAAGGUUUGCCACAUAACGAGCUGAAGAACUAUUCGUUUCAAUUUGAAGGAGAUUUCUACCAAAUAACAGCUGUUAUUCAGUAUCAACAAGAUCCAAAACACUUCAAAACCUGGGUUUUGAAUCCUGAUGAAACUUGGCUUGAAUGCGAUGACAUAAAAGGUACAUAUUGUGAAAGACGUGAGAGAUUUGAAGUUCCUCUUUCAGAGAUUCACAUUGUCAUCUGGGAAAGGAAAGCAUCCCAAGUGCCAGAUAAAAUGAGCUAUCAGGUCCAAAGUGUAAAAUCUGAAAAUCUUCCUCUUAACGAUGCACAGUCAAGUUCUUCUCUAGUGUUGCAUCGUGAUGGUGAUAAUGCCGUAGACGAAAUAACUACAGUAUUUCACAAAAAGGAGAUUGUGAGCAUUCCUGUUAAUGAACAACAAAAAGUGGCCAGAAAUGAUGAUGAUGAAAAUAGCUUGCUUUCUGGCUUAGAAAAUUUGGCAGCUGAUGAUGUUAUAACGCUGACACUUGUAGAAAUUCAAGUUGAUUCUGAAGGUAAACCACUGGACAAUGGACAGAUGGUGGGAAAUCACCUAAUUGCUGAAACAGGCUUGCUGAAAGAGCAGGAGUCAGCUUGUUCCGAUCACACUCCAUGUACAGAAGAUGUUUGUAGUCCAACUACCUCCACCAACAUGUGCACACCACCUGAAAAUGCCUGUAUUUCCUUACAUCUUGAACAGUUGAACCUAGCAAAUAUUGCAUCUGCUGUUCCCACCACAAACCAUUGUAGUGACUUGUCCGCGCCAUCACAAUCUCAAGAGGCAGAGGCCAAGGCUAACCCAGUCAACACUGAGAAUAUCGCAUUAAAUCCAGAACUCUUGCAGAAUAAGAAAUUAGCAUUAAUGGAGAAUGUUAUGCAGAAAUCAUCUAACACCAGAAACACAAGCAAAAUUGUAGCAGACUCUCAGGCUGCAGCUUUGUCUGCUACAAAUAAUUCCACCCAGUCUUUGCAUAAAGAUCAAAAGAGAGGAUUUGUAGGAAGUUGGGUAAAGGGGUUCUUAAGCAAGCAUAAUACCUUUAUGCCUUCAAGUGCCUCAAUUCAUCAUAAUAAGAAAAGUUACAAAAAUCCUUCUUUACUAAGAGCUGCUGACUUGCACCUCCCUACUAAGGGGGCAGCUAAUUUUGGUGGCUUUCAAGCCAAAGGUACAAGCAAAACAACUGAGGAGGUGCCUAAAUCAGCUGUUUGUCAAGGUGCAAAUAUUCCUCCUUUGUUAACAAACAUCACUGGUCCUUCUGUACAUGCUCGUCUCCCUGCAGUAAACCCUGUAGUUGAUGGUCCACCUUUGAAUAAGUCUGGAAUUUCAUUGGGCACCUGGAGUGAAGUAAUUCAACCCAACACCCCCAUCUUUAGUUCCAAACCUCGCCAUGGUGAAAAUGGAAAUCACAAAUCUGAUGUGAAGGAUAAAGAAUCGGAUGCCAAAACUCACAAGCUUCGUUUAAAACUGCUUAAAAAACUGAAGGCUAAAAAGAACAAGUUGGCUUCACUUGAUAGGCUGGCAAAGACUCAGAUGUGUAAUGGAAGCUCUCCAAACAGAGAUGUAGAAGAUCUGUUACAAUUUGGAUCUCAUCAUGAAAGUGAAUCAGUACAGAACUUAUUGAAUGAACUGCAGUAUCAGAUUGAUGUUGCAGACAGUGAAUCUGUAUAUAGUACAAACUCCAACAUGUCACUAUGCAGUAGCCAGAGUAAUGCAGCGUUUUUAGCAGACUUAUUAUCUCCUCCUUCUAUUGUUGCUUCUUCAGAGCUUCCAAAAGAUGAAGAUGAGUGUAGAUAUUUGGAAAUGGUGGAUAGCAACACUGCAGUACCAGUGCAUAGUGCGAGAACCAACCUCACAUGCAUCACUGUGACAAACGAAGACCAUAAUUAUUACAGUCCUGUAAAAGAAAGCAAGUAUGAAGGUCAUACAGACUCAGUAAUGAACAAAUCCUGCUUGAAAAGACUUUCCUUUGAAAGUCCCACAAAGGAAGAUUUCCUUGAAGACCUGUUCUCCUCCGCAGUGUUGAACUCAAUAGCAGGAGACAUAGACUUACCUCAUUUUGAUGAAACUCUAUUUGAAACUUGUUGAAUUGUUGUAAUAUUUGUUUUUAACAUUUGAGAAUUUUGUAUAUCAGCUUUCAUGCAAAGUACUAUUAAAUUAUUUUCAAACUA